CCCGGGGACGACGACGGUGGUGGGCAGGUAUUCCGGAGCAAGCGGAAUCCGACGUGUGCAUUCGAAGCAGUCGAGCGCCGGCCUCUCACCGCGACACAUUUCGUUCCCUCCUCUCUCGGUUUGGCUCUCUCUCUCUUCGUCUCUCUCGCAGGAGAGAGAGUGCAGUUCACGAAAACGUUUGCAACGAAGACGACUCGUCGACGUUUUCUGCAACGCGCAGACCGAAGCCGCAUCGUUUAUUCCAAAGGAUCCACUUGGAGGGUGCAUCUCGUGAAUCUCGGGCGCACGCCGAGGGAAUCACGUGGAUAUAUUAAUAAAUAGACCGACAGGUAUCUACGGCUGCAUGAGAAAUUCCAGGAUGGAUCGCAAGUAGACGGCGGGACGGAUAGCCACGUGACAUGAGAGAGCGGCUUCGAAAAUGAUGAGGAGGAGCGGCAUGAACGGACGAGGAGACGGUGAAGGAGCGCUGGUCCUGCUCCUCGUUGCAUUCGCUCCUGUUAUCUGCUCCGCUGGAAUCCUGGACCCUUGGCAGUGGGCGCGCAGCGAUCGGAUCGAAGUCAACAUACCUUGGCUGCCUUUCGAGAACGAGACACGAUGCUACGACGAGCUGGGUUGCCUAAAUAUCACUAGGAGCUGGUACCAUUUAAUUCAUCGACCCCUCAACGUUUUCCCAUUGCCGCGGGACGUCAUCAACACCAGAUUCAUCCUCUACACGAAUCAGAAUCCCUUGGAUGGUCAAAUAUUAAAAGUGGCCAAGGAUAAAUCGAUUGAAAAUUCAAACUUUAAUCCUAAGCGAAAAACCAAAUUUAUCAUACAUGGUUUUAUAGAUACUCCACUUAGCAAUUGGGUCAAGGAGAUGAGGAGCGAAUUGUUGGUGCAUGGAGAUUAUAACGUUAUCGUGGUCGAUUGGGCAGGCGGGAGUCUGCCUUUGUACACCCAAGCGACAGCGAACACGAGAUUGGUUGGACUCGAGUUGGCUCAUCUCAUUAAACACUUGCAAACAAACUACAACGUGAAUCCGGACGAUGUGCACUUGAUUGGACACAGCCUCGGUGCUCACACGGCUGGUUACGCGGGUGAAAAAUUGGGUGGAAAUAUCGGACGCAUCACCGGUUUGGAUCCCGCGGAACCAUACUUUCAAGGAAUGUCGAACCACGUUCGUCUGGAUCCAACUGACGCUCGACUGGUGGAUGUCAUUCACACCGAUGGAAAGAGCAUUUUUUCACAAGGUCUUCCAGGGUACGGAAUGAGCCAGCCAUGUGGGCACUUGGAUUUCUAUCCGAACAACGGCAAGGAACAACCAGGCUGCACCGACCUGAGCGAGACCACCCCAUCGUUACCCCUGACUUUAAUACGGGAAGGCCUUGAAGAGGCCUCGCGCGUCCUGGUCGCCUGCAAUCACGUGCGCGCGCUCAAGCUCUUCAUCGAGAGCAUCAACUCCAAGUGCCAAUACGUGGCGCACGAGUGCUCGAAUUACGCGAGCUUUCUACGAGGGGAAUGCUUCUCCUGCAAGAGCAACAACAGCCUGAGCUGCGGCGUGAUGGGAUAUCACGCAGACAACAGUCCGGCACUGGUAAAACGUCAGGCUAUGGGACAGGACGUCUCGUCCUUGCUCGGCUCCAAGUUCUUCUUCAUGACCGGCAAGGAGGAUCCGUAUUGUAGGAGACAUUACAGAAUCACCGUCAACCUCGCGCGACCGCCGACCGCGGAGAGCUGGGUGCAGGGCUUCAUGAAGGUCACCCUCCACGCCGACAAGGGCGUCAUACGCAACAUGGACCUCACGCCCAGCGGUUACAUGAAGCUGGAGCACGGAACGACCACGCGGAUAGUCGUGGCCCAUCCGACCGGGUCCAUCGGCAACAUCGGCAAGAUCAGGCGAAUCGAGCUAUCCUGGGUGUAUGACAUGGACGUGCUGCAGCCUAGAUCCCUGUGUUUCUUCUGGUGCAACGACCGAUUAUACGUCAACAGCAUCAGCGUGGAUGCCAUGGACCUUCCGGGCAGAGGAAAACGGGAGGCGGAUUUCUCCAGCAAGCUCUGCUCGGCUAGCAGGCAGGAAUACGCGGAGAUCGCGAGCGGAUCCACGGCCACGUUCGUCGACAAUUGUUGAUCCGAUCGCGUCCCCUAGGGGGAACGUUUUUAUUCGGACGCGUAGUAAUUAAAAAUAAAAAAAACGCCGACAGGUGCGUCUACCCGGAGGCAGAUGACUCGAAAGUCGCGGACGAUGAAGAAGCGAAAUUGAAAAAAGACACGCGAGAGGAAGGAUGGAGGGUUUCCUCCGUCAUAAUCACGUAAUUUCUUUCGCUGAUGAUCUACGGAUGAGGGAAGAGGCCUUUCAUGCCGUUGUUUGACUUGCUUUCUUUUUAUUUUAUCGCGACCGAUCCCGCUCGCUUUCUUCAAACACGGUCCGCUACUAAUAAACAUACACGCUUCGAACUCUAGAAUCUCUUCAGCGACGGAUUCGCCGCUUAAUCGAGUUCCUAGAGAUUUAUCAUCGCCGUCAGUGAGUAUCAUAGAAGGUGAAAUUCUUAGCUCGCUUAAACGCGAAAUUUUAGCACGCGACCCUGUGCUUUUGACGGAAAAGUCGCUGACUUUUCGCAAUUUUUUUCUCCCAUAACGCAAAAUGUUUUUUUCAGUAUUAGUAUUGAUCAAUUAUGUCGUAAAUCGGCAAUAUUAAAUAUUAUAAAUUAUUAUUAUAAAUCGUCGAAUACGAAUUGUGAUAAAUUGAAAAGCAGCUGAUCGUGAAUCGGUCUCUAAUUUAUUACAACUUAUUUUUUCGGCAAUUUGUAAUAAUAAUUUAUAUUGUCGGAUUACACAAAUUACUAUGUGUACAUGUUGUAUAUAUCUAUAACGUUACAAAUAAAACUAAUCUCUUUUUCAUAUGUGAUUAGAGUUUUGCUGCUGUAAGGCUCUUAUUAAAGCCGUCGAUCUAUGUAUUAUGUACACUGAUAUAUAAAUUUUUAUACGAUAGUUGUUCAUCAUUAUCAUAUUGUCUUUCGCGAUACGAAUAUGAUAAUAGCUUGUGAUAUCUCUUAUAACUUUAAGAACCGUGAGAAACGCGCAGAAUGCAGUUACUCAAGAACGACAAACUGUACUGAAUAGAGAGUUUUGCCUAUAGUCUUUAUAAACGAAUUGUACAAAACAUGUAAUGGAAGGCAAUUUUUGUUAGUAAAUAAGAGUACUUAUUUUUUGUGAACUCUGUUUUAUAUCUGUUGCAAUGUAAAAAAUAAAGGUUAUAUUAAUUAUAA